AUGAUGCCUCACUUUGCGCCCGCUGAGGCCUGCGUUUUCAGCUCCCUUCACUGGGAGCAGGCCGCGAGUAACUCUGCCAAAGCAAAGCAAACACGGUUCAGUCUCUACAGCAAGAUUGAACAUCGCCUGGAAAUUUCCAUGGCCAUUAGCCACACCAGGUGUGAAAGGAUCUCGACAGACUCGGAGAAACCGAAGACGGUGCUGUUCCCUGACUUUGUGUCUUUUCCUCCCUCGACGCUCAAUGUCAAUGAUGACAACAUCACCGACUGGCUGUCAGAGACACUGCCAGACCUGAAGCAGCCCGAGGUGUUUUGGUUCGAUUCCGGGCCCAUUAUCGCCAACACUUCAGUCGGUGCGGUGGUAGCGAUUCCUUCGAACCAGCUAGACAGCUCAUUCGAUGUUUACGGAUGCAUGAUCGAUGUCCGAUGGAUCACAACUACUUUGUCGGGCGACGCUGUUGCACUUCUCGGCAAGGGGUACGCCCCCUUUUCUGACUCUAUCGCGACCUCCCUGGCUGGAUCUUGGAUCGGCAAUCCUAAUUACGGCCAGCGCGUUCGCAUCGAGCCGAGCUUUGCAGGGUACCUCAAUCCCCAGGACUCGAGAACCAAGCGAACUAUUAUCCACGAAAUGAUUCGCAGUAGUGGCGUCUGGACCUCCAAUGAUGGCAAGGGAUCCAGGUCUCCCGAGUACCUAGAGGCAAUCCUGGGAGGCUUGACUAUAAACGGCCUGGCACGGCCAACUCCACGAGCAACCCCUAUCACGAAAUUAGCCGACCCCGAAGGAGAGUGGUGGAAGAGCUUCAUGCCACAGGACGGCAAUGUGUUUGGCCCUGGUGGAAGUCCCUACGCAGUAUCCAGUGAUGAUGAGGCCCGUUUCUACAAAACUGAGAUGGAAACCUGGGUGACCGGAUUCGCCUUUGCCGACAACAGGCUUACGAUGCGAGGAGCCAUGACAGUCUUCUACGUUUACGCAAUAUUUGUGAUAGUAUAUUCUGUUUGGUCGAUUUGGUCUGGCAUCACUUCGUCGUCUUGGGAGUCAGUUCCAGAUCUUCUUGCUUUGGCUCUUGCCGACAAGAAGCCAUUGAAUGACUCUGGGGCAUUGGAAGAGGAUGGAUUCAAGAGUGUCGAUAUUAUGAAGGAAAAUUAUUGUAUCUCAGCAGAUGGGGGCACUUUGAGACUUCGACUAACUCAUGGCCCGGUGCCAUAUGAGAAUCGUGUCAAGCCAAACGAAGCUUAUGAUUGA